GUGCUAAGGUUGCCUGAUAAAAUUGUUUCUUGUUUUGUUCAGAUCAAAAGAAGGACAGUGAUGCCAUCAGGGAACAGAAUGGCCCUCACUCCUGCCCCAGAGCUGGGGGGAGCCCAGGACGAAGACGAGGAUGAGGAAUCCACACCAAGGCUGAUUGAUGGCUCCUCUCCACAGGAGCCAGAAUUCACAGGGGUUCUGGGUCCACACACCAAUGAAGACUUUCCAACUUGCCUUCUGUGCACUUGUAUAAGUACUACCGUUUACUGUGAUGACCACGAACUAGAUGCUAUUCCUCCACUGCCCAAGAACACUGCUUAUUUCUAUUCCCGUUUCAACAGAAUUAAAAAGAUCAACAAAAAUGACUUUGCAAGCCUAAAUGAUUUAAAAAGGAUUGAUCUGACAUCAAAUUUAAUAUCUGAGAUUGAUGAAGAUGCAUUCCGAAAGCUGCCUCGACUUCGAGAACUUGUCCUGCGUGAUAACAAAAUAAGGCAGCUACCAGAAUUACCAACUACACUGACGUUUAUUGAUAUUAGCAACAAUAGACUUGGAAGGAAAGGAAUUAAGCAAGAAGCAUUUAAAGACAUGUAUGAUCUCCACCAUCUCUAUCUCACGGAUAACAACUUGGACCAUAUUCCUCUGCCACUCCCAGAAAACCUGCAGGCCCUUCAUCUCCAGAAUAACAACAUUUUGGAGAUGCAUGAAGACACCUUCUGCAAUGUUAAAAAUUUGACUUAUAUCCGUAAAGCAUUAGAAGACAUUCGAUUGGAUGGAAACCCUAUCAAUCUCAGCAAAACUCCUCAAGCAUACAUGUGUCUACCUCGUUUGCCUAUUGGGAGCCUUGUCUAG